UCACCUCGCAGGACCGCCUUUGUGGCGCUGCCGUUGUUGUAGUAGUGCCGCACAACUUACCUCUGUCACGUUCGACUGCCUGCCCUCAGUCAUGUAUUCUCUCAGCUUCUCCGCCUCGACAGACAGCUGACAGGGGCCGGCAGGGAGACACAAUCAGAUAGCAGAGAUACCGGUGAUGCCAUUUGCAUACCGUAUCAGAGGGACAGGCGUCGAGGCAGGCACUGAGAAUCUCACCUACAUGCAGCGCCCCACACAGAAACAUUCCGAUUUUCUUUUGUCGCGUGAAAGUGAUUCAAUCAAUUCAUGCGUACCGGCAUCGUUGAUGUCAACCGACCGCCAGUCUCUCUCAACGCCAAGUGACUGUGCCCUGCCGACCCGGUCCAUGUCGACGAUCAGGGCCUUGGCGAAUCCAUCACCUCGCCUUGCGAUGCACACAUUGUCCACCUGCAGGAAACGUGUACCUUCAUGUCAUGGUGUGCCCAUCCCCUGUCGUGAAGGUGCUUCAGGCCCUCGAGAAGGUCUCGAAUGAGCGGGACCUUCAGAAAGCAUCAGGGGCCGAGAUCACUCAUUUCAUCAAGGAUGUCUUCUGAAGGUCUCACUCACCACGACUUCCUCUGUCACGUGUACUUGCCCAUUCAGCUGCUGCACCUCCUCGGAUGCCAGCAGUAGCCCCAGCUCGCAAAAACUCCGUCCUGCACCAACAUCGAUUCGCUCACAUGCCGCCUGCAUGCCAUGUGGGGUGAGCCAUGCUCUCACCUUGUGCAUACUCCAUGAAGAAUGCCUUGAGACCGAUGCCGACGUUGAUACAGCCUGAGACGUCCCCGUGGGACGGGCCGAUACUCACAUUUUGCCGCCCGUUGAACGCGGUCUCCUUCAUGGCUUCCAGCUUGACGAUGUUGGGGUGGCGAACGCUUUGCUCGAGGAGGAGGUGCAU